AUGGGAGCGAACAACAGUACCCGCCGCGUGUCAUUUGAGUCCGACGAGAAUGAGAAUAUCACGGUGGUGAAGGGCAUUCGGCUCUCUGAAAAUGUCAUCAAACGCAUGAAAGAACCUCCAGCUCCUCCAAAACCACAAUCUCCCACUUUACCUCCUUCCAUGGCACCAACCCUCACUCCAUCUCCUCCCCUGAUGCCAGUGCCUCCCCUCGUUGACCCGAUUACUUCCUUCACUCCUCCUUCUCCUGUAGAACCUGUUGUGCCUCCAUCUCCUCCUCAGUCUGUUCCAUUAGCAACAGAGAUGGCUGCACCUCCUCCUCAACCUCCCUCUGAACAGGUAGCAGCACCCACCAUAGCUGAUUUGGUGCUCCCAUCCUUGUCACCCCUGGCUCCUGCAAAUGCCGCUGCUUUUGAGCCUGUUGCGACACCUCCUCCUCCUCCUCCUGCUGUUGUUGACCCCGUAACUUUGCCGAUAUCUCUCCCUCCUCCUGCUUCUGCUCCCAUUGAACCCCUGACCCCUGCUCCCUGCCCGGCUCCAGCUGUGGUGGAAGUGAUCGCUCCGCUUACCCCUGCUGCUGAAUCAUCUCCUCCUCCCAUAAAUGAACCCAGUGCUUCUCCUCUGAUAAUUCCACCCAUUGCUCCCACACUCAUGAUUGAGUCCCUUGCUUCUUCAUCUGUAUUCGAAUCCAUAUCGCCUCCUUCUGUUCAGACUGAACCCAUCGCCUCUCCCUCUCUUGCUGAAUCAGAACCUCACCCUUCUCCCCCUGUUUUCGAGUCUGUCACCAUUUUGCCAGCAUCUGCACCUCCUCCAGGGGAGCCUUUGCCCAUGCAGCCUGCUGAACAAUUUGCAGCACCCCCCCUGCCUGAGUUUACUGCUCCAUUUGAACUAGCUGCACCUCCUCCUCAGCCAACAGUGGAACCAUUAACACCUGCUCCAGUCCCUAAGCCAGAACCAGUGCCUGAGUCAAGUCCAGUUCCACCUCUGACUGUGGAACCAACAGUGGAUGAGGAGGCCCUGAGGAGGAAGAUCACUGAUGAGUUGUAUAAGGGCUUGGAGCAAGACAGGGCCAAAGCAGAGCAAGAGAUGCAAGCAUGGUUUGAUGCAGAGAAAGCCCGCACAUCUGCCCAGGCUAAAGCAGACGUCCAGACCCAGGUUCGAGCUGAAGUGUCCCGGAUCCUGUCUGCGGAGAGGGCGGCGGCCCCAGAUGGCCUCCAGGAGGCUAUUAUAAGGGAACGCAUUUCCACUGAGGAUGAGAGACUCCGUGCACAGCUAUUUUUACAAGCUGAACCUGAGUCGCCCUUGCCCAAGCUCUCCUCCUCCACCUGCGACCGCCUCUUCAUUAGGGGAACAAAAGUCGCGCCUUCAGCACACAUUUAUCUCUCCACCAGCUCACUGUGGGUACAGCUGCUCGGACCGGCCAAGCAGUUGGAGGCCAGGGAAGCAGAUCUAAAGAAGCAGGACGCUUUCUACAGGGAACAAGUGGCCCGCCUGGAGGACAGGAGCACUCAGUUCUACAAAGUCACCACUGAGAACUACCAUAAAGCUGCAGAUGAAGUGAAUGCAAAAUUCAAGCCAGAGACCAGUGUCCCCAGUUUGAAUGCAUCUUAA